AAAUACAAAUAAAUGGUGGAAGGAAGAAAGCCAGCUGAGUCUGGGAGCACUUCCACAGGUAUAGGGAACCCUGGAGCUCUCCGACUGAGAACAGUACAGGAUCCAGGGAAUGCAAAUCUACCAAACCAUUCAAGGCGUGGUAUUCAGGCGUAGGUUCUGAGGUGACAGUUGGAUAGUAAAGAGGAAGCUGAAGCUGUGGAGGUCUGGCCGUGAAGGAAGCUGAGACCAUGCGAAGCCCUCAGAGGAUGCUCAGCACCGGGAUAUGAAAAAGCAGGACUGCGGAAAGGAGUGAUGACCAGUGAUCUUUGCUCAGGCUGGAUGUUGAAGCUCAUGCCUCAGGACACCUACCGAGAACAGUGCACCAGCUACUGGGACCAGCUUUCCAUCUACUUAGUGCCGCUCUGUGCCUGAACUGCUAAAGCCAGCUAACCACAAAUGGCUACCCAAAGGAAACACUUGGUGAAAGAUUUCAAUCCGUACAUCACCUGCUAUAUCUGCAAAGGCUAUCUGAUCAAGCCAACAACAGUGACAGAAUGCCUCCACACAUUCUGUAAGACCUGUAUUGUCCAGCACUUUGAAGACAGCAAUGAUUGUCCAAGGUGUGGCAACCAAGUUCAUGAAACAAAUCCAUUAGAAAUGUUGAGGUUGGAUAAUACAUUGGAGGAAAUUAUAUUUAAGCUGGUACCUGGGCUACGAGAACAAGAACUUCAGCGUGAAUUGGAAUUUUGGAAGAAAAAUAAACCUCAAGAAAAUGGACAAGAUGACGUGUCAAAGGUUGACAAAUCUAAAGCAGAUGAAGAAGGUGAUGAAAACCAAGAUGAUAAGGACUACCAUAGAAGUGACCCACAAAUUGCUAUCUGUCUGGAUUGUUUACGAAAUAAUGGGCAGUCAGGGGACAAUGUAGUAAAGGGUCUCAUGAAGAAAUUCAUUCGAUGUUCUACACGAGUUACUGUAGGAACUAUUAAAAAAUUUCUAAGUUUAAAACUAAAACUUCCAAGUUCUUAUGAGUUGGAUGUGCUGUGCAAUGGUGAAAUUAUGGGGAAGGAUCAUACCAUGGAAUUCAUCUAUAUGACAAGAUGGCGACUAAGAGGAGAAAAUUUUCGCUGUCUGAACUGCUCAGCCUCGCAAGUCUGCUCUCAGGAUGGCACUUGGUAUCAGUCAUACCCUAUGGUAUUGCAGUAUCGACCAAGAAUUGACUUUGGGUAGGCCAAGGAGCCCAGACUGCACUGAAUGAACCCUGCACUAUUUGUUUACUCAUCGGCAGAUUGCACAGUGAGCGGUGUGUGGACUUGAGAGACACGAUCUGAUUUUCAGCAUGCACAUAAGGCCAUUGUCUGUCUCGACAUUGUCAGUUUCCUUCAUGUUGUUUCUACUAGGAGCAAUCCAAGUGCCCUUCUGCUACUGACCAUCUGCAUAAGAUAUUCGUCUCGUCUCACAGUGUGCAAAGCACGGCUGAAAUCAGCUAGGAGUAUAGCCGUGACUCUGCUUUCUCAAUGUUUUGCUUGCCUGUUGCAAGAUUGUUCUAAUGUUAAUUACACUAGUAAAAUGGCUCAAUCCUUGUGGUGUUGCAGUUUUCACAUACUUAAUACUUUUAUUCUUGUUAAAAUAGAGUACUGUACAAGAACUAGUAUAAUUAUAUCUUGAAAUUAUUUUGUAUAAAAAUAUAUUUAGAAGAGUGGUUUCUGAGCCACUGUCCUAUUCUUGGUAAACUUUUAUGUAAAAAAGAAUAAACGGCCAAAAAAAAAAAAAAAAAACCAAAAUGCCAGCUCAUUCUUGAGUGUGCAAGUCCUUUUGUGAAGAAUUCCAGUUAUCUUUUGACCAGAGCACAUUACAAUUGGAGCUAUCCUGAAUGUCUGGGUAGUCUCUACCAUUGCACAGGAAGGCGUGUUAGCCCUUCACAUUGAAAACGUAUGUGACUUGGACAACUGAAGUUCAUAAUGUUGGCAGCUGAUCAUAUUGAUGUCUAAUAAAAUUAAUGUGUGAGUAUGUUAAUGUUUGUCAAUGUCUUAGGGCAAGUGGGUGUUGCUCUACAAAACUCCAUUUGUUGUCUUGCCUGUGUUGUGUGUGCAUCAUGGCAUUGUCGAUGCCGUUUUGUGAAAGCAUUGUUUCUUUUAAGUUGGCCUUAGGCAUGUGUUGUGGCAUGCAGAGGGUUAUGUAUAAUGGUUUUAAAUACUAGGAUUUUAGAUAAUAUUCGCUCAUUUAUGGAUUUCCAAAAUCUCAAGUUACUGAUCCAGAUUGUUAGCUGCAUAUCACAUUUCCAAACCAUACCCACAAAAUAAAUGCUAUGUAAUAGAUAAAUAUUCUAACCAAAAUUGGUGGUUUUGGGAUAUUUUAUUUUAGAUACUGUAGUAAACAGGAAGUGGGAUUGUUGUUUUCACUGUGAGUUCAUUAAAGGUGAGUGUAGUAGAAGUCAGAACUCUGAUGAUGUCCUUGAUAUUGACAGUUUGCUUAAGUCUUCCACACGUGAAAUUAGCCUGCAAGUCAGGGUCCUCUGUUAUCUUAUUACAUGAAAAGCAUUUUAGAUCUUGUCAAAUACAUAGUUGAAAAGAAAACUGUGAAACAUGUCUAUUGGUUGCUUUGAAACACACAAGUUAACUUCUGACAGGUGGGGGAAAAUAGGAAAAAUGACUUUUUUCAGAAAUCUGAUAAGAGCACCGUGUGUUCCACACAUCGUUUUUAGACUGUGAACACAGGUGCUCUACAUUUCCCUGUAAAAUACUUCACAAGCUGAUGCUUUCUGAUUUUCAGAGUGCUUCGUAGAAAUAAAACAUCGUACAGCUCUAAGAAAUAUACAAAGUGAAGCUCAAUCUUGGAGUAUUUUAUAAUAUAAAAGGCUGAAAGUUUAUGAUUUUUCCUUACAUCUUUUUUUUCAAGUCAAAAGGUAUAUUAAAGUUUGCUGCAUUAGAAGGCCAUAGCAACUCUUUAACUUGAGGUUGUUAUAGAUGGGCUGUUUCUGGAAGAACUCACGAGCAGGAUUUAAAAGAUAGUUGAUUUACUCUAAAGUUUAGACCAUUUUGUUUGACCAAAAACCUGAAUCUAUUAUCUAACUACAGAAAUUAUUUUGAUGUUUUGUAAAACCUAGUUCCUCGUUAUCUCUAAGAAAAAUUUAAAGAUACUACAGUUUGUCACAUUUAGAUAAGUAUAUUUUAAAUAUGAAGGUUAAUUUUAAUUAAGUCAAAAUCAAUUUUGAAAACCAAACACUAAGACUUGGCUAUUUUGCUCCUCAUCAAGAUGUAAGGCCAUAGGUAAAUUUUACAUACAAGGUCUCUUUAAAUUUUGCUUGUUGCCUGAUGACAUGUUAUGACUAUUUUCCAGGGACACAUAGGAAAUAGUUAUGAAAGGAAGCAACUUUAUAAAAGUUCCUUUAUUUAAUGUUAUGCAUUGACAUUUUCACUGAGAUGUAAAAGACUAUAUUCCAAAACAUACCAUUAAGGAUGGCUGGUGUCACAUGGGAACAUGGGUAAUGUGGUGUUGCUAGUGGAGUCAGGCUUUUUAAGCUAGCCUCCUCUGGUAUAUCAGCCAAGUGUAGACCACUUUCUUGUCUGGUGUGACAUGCACCAAAUUCCCACUUAGUUGCCCUUGUAAGGAACCCGCUGUAGGAAACAUGAGCAGGCACUGUGUGUGGCCAACUUUACAUGUACAGGGUUGCUUAACAAAACCCUCUAGAAUAGCCCUGAACCUAUACACUCAAGAAUACGUGAACGUUAUUCUUCAAUCUGUUGUCCCUUAAGCAAUAAACUAAAGAACCCUACUCCAGAAAAGAUUUUUACCUGUUUUAUCUGCCUUAAAAAUCAGCCCUAAAGAAAGGGGCCAAGGAAUCUUGAAUAUAAAGAAUGCCUGUGGUCUGUAAGAAUCACUUCAAAUUGCAGUGAUCACAUAAGUUAAUAGAGAAAGAAAAUGUCCUUUUCUCGGUUGGUCCUAAAAAUUAAACUAAAGAGUUCGUUCAUGAGAUUAUAUUAAGUCUGAGGUUUGGGUAAUGAGUAAUGUUUUUGACAACUUUUAAAUAUUCUUUAUUCACUAAGCAUCUACCCCGUACUAAUGUGCCACAUUGUACAAACAUAGUGAAAGAGAACAAAUGUUCAUUUGAACUGAGUCCGUAAUAAAACCAUUAUGUUAUAUAAUAUUAUAAACUGUUAAGCUUUACUGACUAUUUAAAAGAAAGUGCCUCAUUGCUAAAGUGUGUUUCUGUUUUAGGUUACCUGCAUAAGUCUCCAGUUAUCUGUAUCUGUCUCAUAAAUGGUUUCAUAUCUAAGUGGGUACUUAAAAGCUAAAGUCUUUUUCAAAAAGUUUUGUAUCACCAAAGACAUUUUAUUGUUAAUAACCAUGUUGGAGACAGUUUGGACAGUUCAGAAGAUGGAAACUAGUAGAUUGUGACCUGACGGUAAAUAGGUAGUAACCUUGAUUGCUUACCAAAACAUUGCCAAUGAAGGCACUGCAGUUCGAGUUCUUGGUGGGAUGAGUCAAAUGCCUCUUUUGCUACAGUGUAUUUCCCUUCAAAUAUGGGUUUUUUUCCAGCUACAUCUGGUAGACCUUAGAAAAUCCUCAAAUAUGAGAAAGAAAACAAAUAUCCUCCCCAGUGAAAAGUGGGAGAAAAAGGAACUUAGGAAAUUGAGAUUUUAAUUUUUAAGAAGCCUUUUAUUCCAUAGAAGUGGUAUGAAGGAGAGUAUGCCUGUUUAGCUCCUGGGUUCUUAGUAAAAUGUGCAGCUUUGUUGAAGACAGGCUUUAGUAGAAGUGCUGACAGGCCUGCCUCCGUAGAGCACAGAACAUUCUGCUGGAUUAGCAGAAGUGCUUUUGCUAUUUUUAAAAGCAAAAUUCCAUAAGGGCCUGUGAUAGUUUUUUAUUUAAAAGUGACUCUCUUUCUCAGCAGCCACUUUAUUGUUAUUAAACUUAGCCCUGUGGCCAGAUAUUGACAGUGGAGCACUGAAAAUUGUCCCAGUACGCCAUUCUUUCUCUGGGGUUGAUGGUCUGCUUUGGACCACCGCUAAGGUAAAAAAAGCUCCCUGAGCUAGACCUUCUGCAGAGUGGAUGAGACAGCCCCACAGUCCUGGUUGCCUGGUCUGCAAGCCCUGCAACUGAGCUGUAUCCCUCAUCCAUUCCUCUGGAUCAGGAGUUCUCUAGAAAUCUACCCUUUAUAUCAAUAAAAAAUCAGUAUGAAUUUGCCAAAUCUUUUCUAGAUUAGAAUCAUAAAAACUUGAAAUGCUGUUACAGUUGUUUUCAGUAUGUAAAUCCUCUGGAGAGCAAUAAGGGACAUGGCAUGUCUGCUAGGUCUGCUGCUUCAGGAGUUGUUGAACAGUGUCAGGGUCACUAAAGACUCAGAAGCCCUCAGAGCACAGGAUCACCACUUGUUUGGAUUUACUUGAUGGACUUUGCUCAGUGUGUUCUGAAUGAACACAGGUUAAGAUACAAUACAAUGCCAGUAGACAGUAGGGCUUUCAUUGUGUUAAGCCAUGGUGUUUCUCGGGUCAUUUGAAAGUCUUUCUCUUCCUAGAAUAUGAUUUUCACAAAAAGCAAGUUUACAUCAUCAUGUUUUCUAGUAGAAUUAAAAUGUUUGGGCACUUUUUCAGAAAAGGAUAAAAAUUAAACAUUUCAAAAGAACUGCUUUAAAUUUUCGUGCAGGUGUGUCUAACCUCAUCCACUUUUCCAUGAUUCAAAAUGGUGGCUUCCCAGAAAUGUGUUUUCCAUCUUAAUUGUCUUUGAAUCUAGAAUCAAUGUAACAGAUAUGUUAAAUACUAGGCCUAGUUUUGUAGUACUUACUAGAAAACCAACUGUAGCACAAAUGAAGACUAACCAUUCUGAGGGCAUCUCUACAUAGUCUGGUGUAUUGACAUGGGACCAGGAGCGGCUCUUUCUACAUAUGUGUCUAUUUGGAGGUCACCCUGGCACUGUUGAAGGCCGGUUUUCUUUUGCAGUCUUUUUCAGAAUGGGGUGGGGGCCUAAGUGUCCUUAUGAAGCUGUGGUCCAGGACAAGAGCGUGGGGUGGGGCGUAUGUGUUCCUUCACUUUCCUGUGUCUGGUAACUCAACAGCAAUCAUUUCUUAGAAUAGCCCUCACAGUAAAUCUAGCCCAGAAUAUAUUGUAGAGUUAUGUUGCUAAUUUUAUUUUGAAAUACGAAAUAUUUUAAGCUUUUUGUCAAAAGUGAUAACAUCUUAAUACAAAUAAAAACCUUUUUGUGGUUGUAAGAUUUAGCUUAUGAGUCAUUCAAAUUGAAGUGAAAGAAUUACCAGGUCAUUGUUAAUGACUUAGUCUAUUAAGAAUCUAUGUAUUUUUGUAAAGGAAAAGCACUUGUAGAUAUUUAAUCAGUACAAGGUCUAUGUCUGUUUUGCAGAAAGAAAAUGCUGCUUAGAGAUUCUCUUUAAAUAUUUUUUAUUUUUGUGCUCAUGUAUUUUCUGUUGAUCUAUGGAAUGUUCUGUACAAAACUGUAUGACUGUACUGGUGAGCUGGAUACAUUUUUUUUUUUAAAUUCUGGUCUUAGCCAUGUAUAUUUGACCAUGUUGAAAAUAGUAUCUUUGUUAUUAAAUUUUUGAUUGCAUA